GUUAAAUCUUACUCUUGGCUAUGUAUGGAAUGUCGUAGAUGUUCUUCUUGCGAUGAAAAAGGCGACGAUGGUGACAUGCUUUUCUGCGAUACAUGCGAUCGAGGAUGGCAUGGUCGAUGUCUAAAUCCACCAUUAAAAUCCGUGCCUAAAGGUCAGUUU